AUGAGCAAUAAAAUUGAUGAUUUAACCAAAGGACAACAGGAACAAAAAAGGGGUAUGAAAAAAUUAUUGGAGCAAAUUACAUGGAUAAAUGCCACCUUGGAGGAAGAAGCCAACAAGGGAAAAACAUCACAAAAUUGGACAACAAUACUCAGGCGCUUUGAUGGCUCUGUCGAUUUUUACCGUGGUUGGAAUGAGUAUAGGCAGGGGUUUGGAAAUCCACCCAAUGGUGAAUUCUUCAUUGGCCUUGAAAAACUGCAUGAAUUAACGACCGCCGCUGCAAACAUUGAACUUAAAAUCAUUUUAAGAGAUUGGCAGGGUGAAGAACGUUAUGCCAUCUACUCUGCCUUUCAAAUUGCAGAUCAAUCAGAGAAAUAUAAAAUUAAGAAACUGGGUGAAUAUAGUGGAACUGCGGGUGAUUCCUUGUCAUAUAACAGGGGUCUAAAAUUUUCCACCUUCGAUGCGGAUAAUGAUAAUAGUCGGGGAAAUUGUGCUGAGGCUUUGAUGGGUGCUUGGUGGUUUAGUGACUGUUCUGCGAGUCAUUUUUUUGGGGCAUAUAACACAAAAAGGGAGUCAGAAACGGGUGGCAUUGUAUGGUUUCACUGGAAAUAUAGCUCUCGUUAUUCAUUUAAGUAUGCCGAAAUGUUGAUUAAGGCAACAUUGGUAUAA